AUGAUGUCUCCACUGGUUGUUGUAAUUGGGUUCGUAGCCAUGUGCUCGGCCAGUCCAUCCCUAUACUUCAGCGGUCCACAAUACUACAGCGGUUACUACGCAGCCCCCGCCGCCGUGGUCAGCCCGAUCAAGAGCCAAUACCACACGCAAAACGAAUACGGACAGUACGCCUACGGUUACAACGACGGAUUCUCCAGCAAAUCCGAGGUUAAGCACGCCAACGGUCUGACCGAAGGUGCGUACUCGUACGUCGACCCCAACGGCGCUCUCCAGCAAUACAAAUACGUGUCCGACGAGAACGGUUACCGCGUUUCCGGUACCAACUUGCCCGUGGCUCCAGCCGUCCCCGCCGUCGAGGUGCCCGUCGUCCCAGCCGUCGAGUCCGUGAUCGAGGUUAAGGCCGCCGCCCCGGCCCAAGAAGCCGCCCCUGCCCCAGAAGCCGUCGCCGAACCGAUCGUCUUCCAGCAGUCCGAGAUCCCGCAGCAGGUGCAAGACACCCCCGAAGUGGCGGCCGCCAAGGCAGCUCACCAGAUCGCUUACGACGAGGCUGCGAAGGCCGCAGAAGCCUCACCGGCCGAAGACGAACCAUCCUCCGACGCCGUCGUCCAGGUUUCCGCCGAAGCACCAUCCGCACCCGCCGCACCCGCAGCACCCGCCGCACCCGCAGCACCCGCCGCCGACUACGUCAGCCACUUCGCACCAGCACCCGUUCUAGCCGCCGCCGCACCAGCCCCGGCAGUGUCCUCCGUCGCCUCGUACAGUUACCACCCGUCCGCCGCUUACGCCGCUUACCCGUACGCCGCCGUGCCGGCCCAUGCCCCGGUCGCGUCUUACGCCUACGGCCCAGUCGCGUCCUACGCAUACGCCGCCGCCCCGGCCCCGUCUUACGCUUACGCCGCCCCGUUCGCCACCGGAUCGUACUCGCCGGUGCACAGCCAAUACCACUCCCAAGACGAGUUCGGUCAGUACUCGUACGGUUACAACAGCGGAUCUUCGUCCAAGGCCGAAGUCAAGACCCUCGACGGCGUGACCCGCGGAGGUUACUCGUACGUUGACGCCAACGGACAGGUCCAACACUACAACUACGUCUCCGACCCGGUCAACGGUUUCCGCGUCGCCGGCACCAACGUGCCAGCAGCCAACGCUUUGUAA